AUGAAGAUCCCUCUGUGGUGCCUGGUGGUGCUGCUGGCAUGUCUCUCCACCCCUGGACGCAGUGACUGCCAAGGGGAAUGUGUGGCCUGUGGGCUGCUCCUGCAACAGCAGCAGCUGCAACAAGCCUUCAACACCAUGGUGUGUUUGUUGGAGUGCGAGGGCCACGUCUCCUCCUCGCUCACAUGGGAGGUGUGUAAACGUGCCUUCAAGCUAUCGCACCAUCCUACAUUUCCUGAGGGAGGCGCUCUGUUCAAGAGAACGGGAGAGGAGCUGGAGAUGACCUCUCUUGACCUGGACUCUGACAGUGAACUGCAAUCUGCAGCUGCAGAGCGUUUCCAGGAUGAGACACCCUUCGAGCAGCGCAACGUCCAGUAUGACUCAUCACUGCUGGAUUCCUCCGAGGAUGGGGAGGGCCUGCAGGGUCUGGAUCUGAGUCUGGCGGACGAAGAGAGGAAGCCGAGAGAGGAGAGGAAUGUGGAGAGUGACAGCCAGCUAGAAGGGGAUGAUGAUGAGGGCUCAGAAGCCAUCACCUUAUCCAAACGCUUUGGUGGCUUUCAGAGGGGGCGCCACGGAUACAGGAAGCUGAUUGGCUCUCCCAUUAGGCCCUUACAAAAGCGCUAUGGUGGGUUCAUAGGCGUCCGGAAAUCUGCCCGCAAAUGGAACAGUCAGAAACGGGUGAACCAGCUGCUCAGGCAGUAUCUGGGCAUGAGGAGCAGCCGCAGCGGCAGGUUCACCAACAUCCCUGUAACUCGGGUUUGGAGGCAAAACAAACUGUAAUGUGUUUCUGUUUCUCUCACAGAAUCCUGCCCCAGUUACCUCAACCAAUCAUGUUUUCAGCAGCUCACUCCAGUUUGAACUGUGACGUCACCACUUGUCAUCAGAAGAACAGACUCCGCCAUCUCGCUGCACCUCUCUUUGUGUCUCUAAGUAACAAGGAAUGUUUUGACUGUGAUGUCCUCCUUAAAGCAUAUUUACAUGCCGUUCUGUGAAAUAAAA